CCCAAAGUAUGGAGGACGAGUUUAGCUAGCUGCUCGCAAAAAUGUGUCCAAUGUAGGCCAACAGUACUCCCACGUGUCUCAUUUUGUGGACACUUCUUGUCCACAGACGUUACAAUAAAUGACUGCACACAAAUGUGUUUCAUGUUUACACCAGAGGCAGAACAAACCUGUCAUAUUGUCGGAGAGAUAAACACGCAAUAAAGCGUCAGGUUUGGUCCUCGCCGGUUUUUACGUCGGGAGCUGCCCCAGCUCGUGAUUGGAGGACGGUAUGCCACGUGCACUCGUCUUUACUAUGCCACAUGAGCAUAUUUGAUUACCUGACAGGUUGCUCUGUUGUGCGGCUGAGGAAACGAAGGUUUCGACUGCAGCUGCCGAGCGACCCUCUGCAGACGCCAGUUUUUUAAUGCAGUAAGCUGGGACUGCUUUUUAAAACCACGAUGGCUUUGAGCUCUUUCGACAUCGACGCGCCACGAUGGGAUCAGUCUACGUUUAUGGGCCGACUGAAAUACUUCUUCAGCGUCACAGACUGCCGAACGGCGCUCUUGCCCGACUCGCGCCUGGAUGAGGCCAAAGCUUUGGUAGAAAGCUGCAGGGCAGGGUCCAUCCCUCCCGGCACCUCAGAGGAGCAGCUCCACUACGCUAAGAAGCUGUACGACUCGGCCUUCCACCCUGACACGGGAGACCGCAUGAACCUCAUCGGCCGCAUGUCCUUCCAGGUCCCGGGGGGCAUGGCCAUCACCGGCUGCAUGCUGCAGUUCUACAGGACAGUUCCUGCUGUGGUGUUCUGGCAGUGGGUGAAUCAGUCCUUCAACGCUCUGGUCAACUACACAAACCGUAACGCUGCCUCCCCCAUCACUCCCAAGCAGAUUGGAAUCGCCUACGUUACAGCAACCAGCACAGCAUUAGCAACAGCAGUCGGACUCAACCUCUACACAAAGAAAGCUCCUCCUCUCGUGGCUCGCUGGGUCCCCUUUGCAGCGGUGGCAGCAGCUAACUGUGUUAACAUUCCUAUGAUGAGGCAACAGGAAAUCCUGAAUGGCAUUGCUGUGACAGAUGAAAACGGCAACAAACUGGGCCACUCUACGAAAGCGGCAGUAAAAGGCAUCACUCAGGUGGUCAUCUCUCGUAUCACCAUGGCCGCACCAGGAAUGAUCAUCCUCCCCAUCAUCAUGCAGAGGCUGGAAAAAUACAAGUUCAUGCAGAGAAUCACGUAUCUCCACGGACCCAUUCAAGUGAUGAUGGUGGGAGUGUUUUUGAUCUUCAUGGUGCCUGCAGCCUGCUCCCUGUUCCCUCAAAGAUGCUCCAUGGCCGUGUCCAAGCUGGAGCCCGAGCUGCGAGACUCCAUCGUGUCUCAGUACGGAGACGCCGUUCAACGUGUCUACUUCAACAAAGGCCUCUGAGGCUGCGAGGGCUGUUUAGCGUUAUCAAUUCGACGCGUGAGACCGAACGAGUGCUGUAUGUGUUCAUGUAAUUCAUUUUCUAAUCAUUAGUUAUUAUGAGAUGCUCUUUUCCCUUCGUCAUCUUCAAAUCAGGGCUUAUUGGUGGGAACUCAAUGAGAUCAGAAUCAUGUCAGUUUUUAAAAUCUAUGUCUCUGUCUUUGGUUCGCAUUAUUCCAGUUUUCUUGCAGAAAGAUACAAGGGGCACGGUGUACUCCUGCUGAGAAACCAAAUGAUCUCAUCUCAGGAACAGCGCAUUACUUCGCCUGAUUAGAUCUCUUGUUUAGUUAGUUUGUCCUUCAUGGUGCCUCUGUAGUUGUUUUCAUUGGCUGUUUGUUAGCGUCUCAGUGUGCUCUUAAACAGCGUCUGCCAAGCUUCUUACGAUCUGUGCCUUCUACAAAGUGGCAGAAACAACAACACUGCUGGAUUGUACUUUUUCUUUUUUCAAACCAAUAUUGGGUUCACUGUGAAACCGGAAAGGACUUGUAUGCAUGGGUUAACUGCGGGAUGGUCAGUGUGGCGUGGACGUUGGGAGAUAAAGGUGGAGGAUACUGCCCUCAUCUGCCUGAAUGGAGGUAGAUGUAUUCUGACUAGUUCGCAUGAUUUAUCUGAAGUGUUUGCCAGUCGGAUCGUUCCGCUGUGUAAACUCAGAGUUGUGCCACAAUCCUCAGUAUAAGCUGGAAUAAAACCACACAAAUAUUUGAAAUACAGUUUCCUGUAGUGUUGCUCUUUUAUAUGUCUCUGCAUGUGUGAAGAGGUUUGAUGAAACUUCAGUG